AUGGAGAUGGGCUCUGUUGGCGACUUCGCCGAGUACAUGCGGAACUAUGCCGCAAACCCAGCCGGGAUUCUUGUGCAAAUGCACUUGACUGGCUGCCCGAAGGUUCGCAAGCACAGCAGGCGGCGUGGGGAACUCAGUAAGACUAGGUCGCACAAAUCCGACAAAGCAAAGGCCGUGUCCUUUGCAGCGGAGAUGCCAGUCCACGAGGCACAGGACGGUCCCGCCGCGGCCUCACCGGAAGCGAGGCCACAGGAUACUCCUGAAGCAUCGCCUUUGCAGCCUCAGUUGCGGGGCUCCAAGGAGCCGAUGUUUCCGGGGCCCUCAGUGCCAAUGCCUUCCAUGCCGCUACCUGCGAGCACCGACCAGCCUGAGAUUCAUGCCCUGGAGCAGGACCCCACCAUCGAAAGGGCCGAGGUGGAGGCGGCGGAGGAGACUUUGAGGGCAGUCACUGCCCUGAAGCAACUCCAGCAAGCUGCCAAGGAUGGCUCUUAUGCCCAGUGGACACUUCGCCGGCACGGCCUCCCCUCCACCGCCAGCGAAGAGUCCCAGCGCAGGGCAGAGGAGCUGAAGAACGCCAUGGCGCAGCUCAGGCAGGUGACUCAGCAGCCGCUCACACAGCAGAACAUGAAAGACUUCGAAAAUGCCGGUCGCACGGCUUCAGAUGCCAUCAACAGGCUGCAAGCAGCUGAGACGGAAGCGCUUCGGAAGAGAGCAACAGAGGCAAAACGCCAGCUUUUAGAGGGUGCAAAGGGCUGGGUGGCUGGCAUUGAGCGCCAGGCAAAAAACCCGCAGCUGGCCAUGCAAGCGAAGGAGGCUGGAGCACAGCUGGAGAAGUCCUUGACGGCAGCACUCAGUCAGGCCACGCAGCACACCGCCGAGGCUUCCCUGCGGCGCGCCGGAGAACGACGAGCUCUGCUGAUGGGAGUCAUCUCGCAGGCAGCUGAUAUGGCGGCGCCCGGCGCGCCGGCAGUUCAGCAG